UUGCGUCUCUAUUGCGUUUUGGCCUUAUUACCAGCUCAGCGUCCCAUAUUACUUCUAGACGUUCCGAAACUGCAAAACGUGUACCGGUUCGUGACUUCGCAGUGAUCGAAUACAUUUAUUCCACUUGGAAUCCAUAGGUCGACUUGAAACUGUUUUCCAAGAGGGUAAACGGGAACAAGGAAGUAGAAGACGUAGUGAAGGGGAAAAAAAAAGAUUCCGUCAUCGCUGCUAUUAACGCCGAAACUCAGUGGCCUCCUACGUGGGGACGCUGCGUGACGUUCGUGCAUUGAAAACUCCCCAGUGUUUAGCUGAACUAACUACGUUAAUACACAAUUGCCGUAAUCUCUAUUUAUAGGAACGAAGAAGACAUGGCGGAGAAAGCCGAGGUUACGGAAAACGGUGGAGACGCGACCCCUUCGUCGCCACCAUCGAACGAAGUGGCUGGUUUGAAAAUAGAGGAUGGUGGAUCUGCCCCAGGAAGUCCAGCCUCUGGUUCAGGCUCGUUCAAUGCUAGCUUCAAGGCUUUCUCGAAGUUUGGCGAUCCCAAGAGUGAUGGGAAACAGAUAACUCUCAGUCAGAGCGACAAGUGGAUGAAGCAGGCAAAGGUCAUCGAUGGUAAGAAAAUUACCACAACCGACACGGGGAUCUACUUCAAGAAACAUAAGUCGAUGAAAUUGGGUAUCGAACAGUACAAAGCAUUCAUCGAGGAUCUCGCCAAAAGUAAACGGGUCGACCUGGAUGAGAUCAAGAACAAGAUGGCCAAUUGCGGGGCGCCUGGUCACACCAGUGGCACCUCUGCAGCUGGUAAGGCUGCGUCGACGGUCGACAGGCUGACGGACGUGACUAAAUAUACGGGAUCUCACAAGCAGCGUUUCGAUGAGACCGGCAAGGGCAAGGGCAUCGCCGGCCGGAAAGACUUGCCUGAUCAGUCAGGAUAUGUGCAGGGCUAUCAGAACAAAGAUACGUACAAGGCCCAUUAACACCGAUUACUCGACGUAUUCGUUCACAUUACACUGUGCUUGGGCCGUCCAUGCAGCAUGCACAGAUAAGCUUUGUUUUUCGAGCUGUACACCAUAUUCUCUUCUUUUUCAUGGCCCGUAUUCGUAGUUAGUUAUUCGUCUUCAGCGCCAUUUUAAGUCAACUGUACUUCGUCUCAAGCACUGAUUAUGAAUACAGGCCUAUGUAUUAUAUAUGUAUAUCCUUAUGUAUAUAAGGAUAUAUUGUUAUCCUUAUAUCUGUAGCUCGACCGAUCAAUUGCGUAUGAAGUUAAACCCGCGCACCUCGACAUUUUUCUUGGCUGUACUCCUAGCGGUAGAAUUUCAAACGAAAGACAAUGGUCGACGGACUAAUGGGCAGACAUAUUAAAUGGCGCGCAAAUACAAAUGGAUGGAAAGGAGUUCUUGACGUUAUCUGAUUAUCUGAUUAUCCGUUAUCUGAUUUCAUGCGAUUGAUAAUGACUCGUUUUAUUAUUUUUUUUUUUUAUGAAACCACAAACAAAAGUAUACCCUGGCCUCUGCCAAUGUCUUUCCAGGCAGCUAGCCUUACGUAUAUGAUAUAGUAUACACAAAUAUACAUAAUGUAUUUACAUACUCUCCUUUCGCUAUUAUAUAUAGAAAUAAUUUACCUGAAACUCGUAUUUCAAUAAAGUGUACUUAAAGCAGUGUUCACGUU